CUAGUUUAGCCAAACCUUUCCAAGGGAAUAAUAAAAUUGAAACCGCAAAUGGUGAAAAACUUGAUAUAGUUGGUACAGAUAAUCUUACAUUAUCUGUAGCAUCUCAAUCCUCCUUUCAUUUGCCAAAUAUCUUUCUAGACCAUCGCACUGGGAUAGUGAAAGGGAAGGGGCGUAGGAUUGGUUGCUUAUUUGCCUUGGAAUUUGACAAAGGACAUAGUGAUGCUGGUUUAUUUGUUUCUUCUAAUAAAGAUGUCUCUAGUUCUCAUAAUCUUUGGCACUUAUGGCAUCGUAGACUUGGUCAUCUCAAUGUUAAGAGAUUAGAUACAUUAUUUACUUCUAGUCUUUUGAAUAAUAAAACUUUGCCAUUGGAUUCCAUUGAUAAAUCUUGUAUUAGUUGUUCUUUGAGUAAAAGUGCAAACUUACCUUUUCCAACUCAUUCUUCAACUUCAACUAAACCUUUUGAUUUGAUACAUAGUGAUGUUUGGGGUCCUUCUCCUGUUUCAUCUAGAUUGGGAUAUAAGUAUUUUGUUUUAUUUAUCGAUGAUUGCACAAGAUUCACAUGGAUAUAUUUUAUGUGACACAAAUCUGAAGUGUUCUCUCAUUUUAAGACCUUUUUGUCCAUGAUUAGAACACAAUUUGAUACUAAUAUAAAAAUUAUUCGUUCUAAUUCUGGGGGUGAAUAUUUACUAAAAGAAUUUCAAGAAUUUUUGAAGGUUGAGGGUAUUCAGUCUCAGAGGUCAUGUCCUGCUACCCCACAGCAAAAUGGUAUUGUUGAAAGGAAAAAUCGUCAUAUUUUAGGGAUAGUUAGAACUUUGUUAUCUAAUUCUCAUGCUCCUCCUAAUUUUUGGGUUGAGGCUGCUUCUACGGCAGUUUAUCUCAUUAACCGUAUUCCUUCUGAAGUAUUGUAUAACAUCUCUCCAUAUUACUCCUUGCAUAAAUGCCAUCCUGAUUAUUCUCGUUUACAUGUUUUUGGUUGUGUGUGCUUUGUUCAUUUACCACCUCAUGAAAGGACAAAAUUAUCAAAUCAAGCUGCCAUGUGUGUUUUUGUUGGAUAUGGCAUUGAUCAAAAGGGUUUCUUGUGUUAUGAUCCAAAAAUUGGUAGAAUUCGCAUUUCUAGACAUGUGGUUUUCUUGGAAAAUUUAUUUUAUUUUGAUGCAAUUGCAAAACCCAAUAAUUCCUCACCUUCUGUGUUGCAUGACUUUUCACUUGAUCAUAAUGCUCCAGCAGAACAAGUUUCCAUUGAUCAAUUCCAUGCAGCAAAUGAACAACCUCAAACUUGUUCCUUUCACCAACCAGAAGAUGGUACACCUGUGGAUGCUCAAUCAGUAAGUGAUUCUAAUCCUGCUUCUAAUGCCUCUACUAAUUCCAUUGUUUCUUUACGUCGUUAUGCCCGUACUAUUCAUCCACCUGAUCGUCUUAACCUUUUUACCUCUGUCUCUUUGUUGACAACAUUAGAUUUUGUUGAUAUACCUCAUUCUUACCAGGAGGCUAUUAGCAUUCCUUGCUGGAAGGAAGCUAUGGAUUCUGAAUUAAGUGCCUUAUUGGAGAAUGACACUUGUGAUAUGGUACCUUGUCCUUCUAAUGUGUCUAUUAUUGGUAGCAGGUGGGUCUUUUCUGUUAAGCUCAAAGCGGAUGGUAGUAUUGAGCGAUAUAAAGCAAGACUUGUUGCCCAAGGUUAUAAGCAAGAGUAUGGAAUUGAUUAUAUAGAAACAUUUGCACCAGUGGCUAAAAUGACUACAGUGAGAUUACUUAUUACUCUUUCGGCAAUGCAUCAGUGGCCUAUUUCUCAAAUGGAUGUGAAGAAUGCUUUUUUGCAUGGGAAUUUGAAAGAAACUGUUUAUAUGAAGCCUCCUCUAGGUUAUUCACAUUCUAAAUCCAUGGUUUGCAAAUUAAAGAGAUCAUUAUAUGGUCUUAAGCAAGCUCCUCGAGCUUGGUUUGAACGCUUUCGUCAAGUUAUUGUGGAUGCUGGGUAUGUUCAGAGUUCUCAUGAUUAUUCAUUGUUCAUGCAUAACUCUCCACAAGGUGUUACUCUACUUUUGAUUUAUGUCGACGAUAUGCUUAUUACCGGUAGUAAUAAGGAAGGUAUUGCUAAGUUGAAAGAGUUACUUUGUCGUUCUUUUCAAAUGAAAGAUUUGGGGCCACUGACUUAUUUUCUUGGUUUAGAAGUUCACUCAUCUUCUCGAGGUUAUGCGGUGAAUCAACGUAAGUAUGUUCUGGAUUUGAUCCAAUUUGCAAAUUUAUCUGAUGAUAAGUGUGUUGACACUCCAAUGGAAGUAAAUGUCAAGCUUAGGUAGGAGGAUGGUGAAAAACUCUCUAAUCCUAGCUUUUAUCGUCAACUUGUGGGUCGCCUCCUUUAUCUUACUAUGACUAGACCUGAUAUUGCUUAUGUUGUGCAAGUGGUUGUCUUGAUACACGUCGCUCAACCACAGGUUGGUGUGUGUUUCUUGGUGAUUCCCUUAUUUCUUGGAAAUGUAAGAAACAGAAAACAGUGUC